AUGCUUCUCCGCAAAGUGGUGGGCAUGAGCCUGCUGCUACCUGCCGUGCAGGUGUCUGCUUCGUGUGGCUACGGUACCAUCCUGCACCCAAGAGCAGAGAACGGAACGUUAGAAGUCAAGGACUUUGGCUACUUUGGAUCCAAGGGUCCCACAGUCUGGGUCGCUCUCGAUCCCACGGCGAAUGCCCUCUGCGCAAGUGGAAACUCGCAGUCGCCCAUCAAUCUCGUCAAGGGCUCUCAGAGCAUUGUUCCCGCGGCGGAGCUCAAGCUGGCCAUACCGGACAUGCCGGACGGGGCCACGUUUGAGAACCUGGGGACGACGGUCGAGGUCGUCGCCGCCGGGGGCAACAUGUCGUUUGGCGGCACCGCGUACACCCUCCAGCAGUUCCACUUCCACCUCCCGAGCGAGCACCUGGACAACGGCGCCAGCAUGGCCAUGGAGAUGCACAUGGUCUGGCAGGGCGCAGGCGGGGAGGUGGCCGUGGUCGGCGUCUUUGUCGACAUUGCCGACGGCGCCGCCGCCGGCGCUGCGCCGCAGGACGGUGCGGUGGCCGCCGAAGCACAGUCGAGGCGCCGCUCACCGUCGCUGAGAACGCGCAGCAAACGUGCCGCGCAGGCCGCCGCACCGCCGCUUCCGGGGAUAAAGACCGGGUUCUUCCACGUCAACGCCCCGGAUAAUGAAGCCAAGGUGUCUUCAACCCUGCUGGAGACCGUUCUCAGCUCCGUGGCGGAAGUGUCCACGCCGGGUUCGACGACAAAGACCAAGCCUCUGGUCAUGUCCGAGCUCGUCGACACCCUCGCAGCAGGGGCUUUUCAGACGUACGAAGGGUCUUUAACUACACCUCCCUGCUCAGAAGGCGUCCGGUGGCUGGUCUCCAACCAGAUCCUGUCUAUUCAACCAGACACGUUUCUCGGCGCACGAUCAGUUAUUGGCUUCAAUUCUCGGUUUCCGCAGAAUACGCCAGGGCAGGCGAAUGUUCUCUCUCUAGCUGCUGCGCGGCUAUAG